AAAUCUCUGUGUGUUGGGUGUUUGGCGUUUGUGUACGCCAAAAGUCAUAAUUUUAAAUUUAUUAUUUAUUAAUAAAACCGGCAAAAACCAAUUGUAACAAUGAUACAUGACAUUCUCCUGUCAUGUCUUAAUUUGCACAGCGACCAAUUGCCAAUUGAAGAGUUCUUGGUUUCAGAAGCUGUGCAUAAGUAUUUCCAUCCUUGUGAAAGAAAUAUCCUGGAGGAUAUAAUACGCAUUAUCAAUUUGUUGAGGGAUAUUGCAAGAUUUUCACAAAUUUACAGCAUCAAUCGUAAUAUUUCAUCAAAUACCUGUGCUUUUGAUACAGACGAGUCACUGCAGAAUGGUCUCUAUCUAAAGGCAUUUGCCAAUGGAAUUGCUGAAGUGUUGGAUGAAUAUUUAGAAGAUGUGGCCGAGUUGGAGCGUAAAUAUCUUAUGCAUCCGCAUCAGUCGCUGAUGUUUAUUUACAACAAGCUGCAGGAAUACGAACCACUGGCCUUAUAUCUGGCCAAUUUGAUACGAGGUGUUUGUGUGCAAAGAUUGCAUGGCUGUGCCAUUAUUCAAUAUUUGCAACAGAAUACUUUACAUGGAGACGCUCGAGCCAUAAAAGCUGUGAAAUUGCUGCAGAAAAAGGUGAAUGUCAUCUUCCUGAAACAAUUGACUCAUUGGAUUCUGUAUGCCAAACUACAGGAUACAUAUGGAGAAUUUUUCAUACAAUGUUCCGAGGGGGAUGGUAACAGUACCCUGGGCAGUGAUAAGGGAACAACAACUGGUAGUGGUCGUUAUGCUGCCACAUGCAAUUCCGAAAUGGCCAGCAAUUAUGCCGAUAUCUGGCGUUAUGAGGUACGCUAUGAAUUGUUGCCUUCUUAUUUGUCAUAUCUGUGGGCAGAGAAGGUCCUGUUCAUUGGCCAAACAGUGCUGAUAUUCAAAGUUGAUACUGAUAAACUCAAAAAGAAAUGCCAUAUUUGGAAUAAAGAUGAAAAUAGUUAUUUUGAUCAGAAGCAAUCCUUUUGGAAUGACAAGGAACAUAUUUACUUUGCCAAGAUUCAAGCUUUGUUGCACGAUGAGGAUUUGAUAGUGUCCCAUUAUGAAAGUGUUAUCGAUGAGUUGAAAACUUAUGUGACCACACGUCUCUCGGAGAUUGCCGUCAAUCAGGCGGAUUUGGUUAAACAAUUGAAACUGCUUAAGGAUUUCUUUUUACUGGGACGUGGUGAACUAUUCCUGGAAUAUAUACGUCAAAUUUAUAUCAUCAACAAGGAAACGGAGAAUACAAAUAAAUUAAGAGAUUUUGUCAAGGCGUUUGAAUCUGCAGCUCAUAGUAUUGGUGUCUCCGAAGAGUUGGAACAGUUUUCUGUUAGCAUGCCCAAGGCACAUCCAGAAAACGAUGAAUCUUUGGAAUUUGGUUAUUUGCAGCUAAUUCAAUUGCAGUACAAAAUUAAUUGGCCAUUGCAUUUGUUAUUCUCUCCAAAGGUGUUAGAACGUUACAAUAUCCUUUUUCGUUUUCUGAUUCUAAUCAAAAAAAUGCAAUAUGAUCUUCACAUGGUAUGGUGCAAAUCCUCACGAAAAUUCAAAUUGAAAUCGGCCGAUCACAAAGUUAAGGUUAUGCUUUUACGCAACGAACUUAUGUUCUUUGUGGAUAAUCUUCAGUAUUACAUACAAGUCGAUGUUCUUGACAGUCAAUUUAGCAUACUCUUGAACACAGUAUUAAAUGAAGCAGAUUUCGAGCAGAUCCAAAGAGCACAUAGUGUCUUUCAAGCGAAUAUUUUAUCAUUGUGCUUCUUGCAAACCGAUGAGGACGCCAGCCGUACAAACGUCUUACAGACAUCUCUAUUGAAUUGUAAUAAUCCCGUUUAUUUGAUCAUCAAUGAAGUCUUUCAUAUUUGUAAUGAUUUUUGUACAUUAAUCGAUAAUGAAAAGUCCGAGGAGAAUGUCGAUGAGAACACUGAUAAAUUGGGAGAACGUUUUGCCACCUUAGUUCAACAGCUUAUAAAUUUGUUGGUUGGUUUAAAAUCAGCAACAAGCACUGCACCCUUAUCGCAGCUUCUGUUACGUUUGGAUUAUAAUCACUGGUUUAGCAGCAGAAAAAUUGAUAAUGCUGGAAUCUCAUAAGUUACAUAUUUUAAAUAUUGUAAUUGUUAAAUAAUUUAUUUUUUCUACGUUCUUUUUUUAAUAAACACAAUGAAUUCA